AUGAGGUACCCGUCCUGCAAUGCAUGCUCCCGAGGGUUAGUUUUACUGUUCACCCUGUUAUCGGCCUGCAGUGGAUUGUACGAGGACCAGAUAGGAAAGUUCGACUGGAAGCAGCGGUAUGUCGGUAAGAUUGUGGACGGUGCCUUCGAUACCACUUCCGUGGAUCGCAUUAUUGUCGCGACCGAGAGCAACGUGCUAGCAGCAAUUAGUGCCAAAACAGGCGACAUUCUCUGGCGGCAGGCACUGGAAAGUGGUGCCCGCGGAACGGUGAAGCUCUUGCAUGUCGUCAAUCCCUCGUCAACUGGUGCGCGGCUCAAUCGGGGUGGCACCGGAUACGAUGUACUUACCGUCAGCGGAAGUAAUCCGGCGCUUGUGCGCGGAUGGAACUCGAACACGGGUACGCUCGUGUGGGAAUGGUCACUGUCGCCGUCGGUGGCAGAAGAAUCCGCCUCCGCGGCAGUGUGGUUCGAGCGUGAUGGCAUGCUAUACCACGUGGUACCGGUGUGGGGAUCGCAUCUCGAGGUGACACCCUACCAGGCCGUCACCGGACAACAGGCAAGGUCGACGACGAGUCGUAUCUCUGCCGGUUGGAUCGCGCGGAAUCGGUGCACCCUAGUCGAUUCGUACUUUGCUUGCGCCAUAAAAGAACAACUACUCGCGCUGGAUCUUGCCGGCGAUACCAGUAGUGCGGUGAUUUCGAAACCGCUCGGUUCCGAAGCAGUGGGCAGCCCAAAACCUGUUCGGGGUGAGGCGGCCGUCGUGCAAAAUGGCCGGUACUAUGCGCUUCGCUCGGAUCAGAAGAUAUCCCUUGGGCCCCGGGAUGGGGCACUAGUUGACCGGACGGUGCAGGAUGGAGAACCAAUCUUGCUGCAGGGCACGGUCGAUCGUGUCAAUAACAGGUUGUCGAUCUUGGCCCAUCGUUUGCGUGACUUUGUGCGUUUCGAACCGAUCGAAUUUAGCACCGAAUACAGUGAUACGCUGGGUGACCCUGAGCUAAUCGCGAUCCGUUGUAAGCAACCAUCCGGUGGUGCGGCAACUCGCGCCGGAACUGGGCUUGUAUGCCGUGUACUGCUAUCCGCCGAGGAUGGGGCCAUCGUGCUGGUACAGCAGGGUAAGGUCAAGUGGAUCCGCGAGGAGUCACUUGCAGUGAUCGAGACGGCCGAGUUUCUCGAUCUUACGCUAUCCGAUGCCGAAGGAGCCAUCGAGGAAGAGUUGAACAACAAAAAUGCAGAAGAAAAUGGGCUUGAAUGGGAUGUGUUUGGAGGAUUCCAGCGUCGUCUAACGGCGCAGGUAACGCAUGUGAAAAACUUAAUUCUGCACAUUCUUGGCGUCGGGCCUGCUCCAUCGAAAGCCCAGCGAGCUGGACUCGUGCGAGAUGACUUUGGACUACACAAGAUGCUCGUCGUCGUCACAUCCACAGGGAAGGUGUUUGGCAUCGAUAACGUAUCCGGCAAACACCACUGGGUGCGGUAUUUACCGUCGUUCAGCGGAUUCGGCAAUGGCCAACCGAUGCGGCUGCUUGUGCAAAGGACCUCACGCUUUUACCCUUUGCCAGCUCAGUGCGUUAUUCUUGGGCGAGAAAAGAGCCAAUCAGGAAAGGGAUUGCUGUACAUCUUCAAUCCCAUCUCCGGCAUGCCGGUAGCGGGCGGUGGCAUCGUUGAGCUGCCCUAUCGCGUGCAACAAGUAGCUCUGCUCCAUCAUACGGGGACCGAUUUUCUGAAAGGCCUGCUGCUGCUCGAUGAAAACAGCCAUGCGCACGUGGUACCGGAAUCGCUAGCAAUGCACGCUGACAACUUCUAUCUCUUUAGCAUCGACAAAGAAACGGCACAAAUACGCGGCUUUCUCGUGCAAUACCGUCAAAAGACGGCGGGCAACGAGAUGCUGCAAACAAUUCCCACCUGGCAGAUCGAUCUCAGUGGGGCAGGCAAAAGCCAACAAAUCAUCGCCUGCGAGAGCAAGAGUUCCAUCGAGCACGUGCACUCGCAAGGACGCGUUAUGGCGGACCGGUCAGUGCUGUACAAGUACAUCAAUCCUAACCUGGUCGCCGUAGCUACCCACGGACCGGAUAACAUACACAAGUACAUACUUAACGUGCAUUUAGUCGAUGUCGUAUCUGGUUCGAUCGUAUUUUCAAUGUCCCACAAACGCAUCCGCCCUCCGCUGCAUAUGGUGCACUCGGAGAACUGGCUAGUUUAUUCGUACUACAACGACAAGGCCCGGCGUACGGAAAUGACUUCCAUCGAACUGUAUGAGGGCAAAACGCAAACAAACAGCACAGUGUGGAGCUCACUGGACGCGCCCCCGCUUCCGAUGGUCGAACGCCAGUCGUACAUCCUUCCGGUGGCCGUCGCCUCGCUGAAGGAAACAAUCACCGAGAAGGGCAUCACCAGCAAACACAUCCUCAUCGGCCUGGCCACGGGUGCCGUCGCGGAAAUGUCGUGGGCGCUACUCGAUCCUCGCCGUCCCGUGACGUCCCCGGAAAAGGCCCGCGAAGAGGGCAUUAUACCGUACAUGCCAGAACUGCCCCUGCCGCACGAAAUACUAAUCAAUUACAACCAAACGGUGGCGCAUAUACGCGGCAUGCAUACGGCUCCAUCCGGGCUGGAGAGUACUUGCUUGGUGCUAGUGCACGGUUUGGAUCUGUUUGUGACGCGCGUCUCACCCUCUAAGACGUUUGAUUUGCUUAAGGAGGAUUUUGACUACUUCCUCAUCACCGUCGUGUUGAUCGUGCUGACCACUACGUCAUUUGUGGUGAAGCAGCUCGCCUCGAAGAAGUUGGUCAAACAGGCGUGGAAGUAGAACACCAACGCAACGUUUCAGUGGCGGCGUAGCGUUUGUUGGCAUCGGGAUUUCGUGUGUUGCGUGCGUGUGUGAGUUUGUUCCGUGGUGUGCAUCGUCAUCCAUACGAUUCUAUUGUACAACCAAAAAGACAUUGAAAUGUAUUUUCACUUGAAUCAACAACCAUCAACCUUGUGGGCCAUUGGGCAAGGGAACGCCUCGUGAGUACCGUGUGUUUUCGCAUUGUGUUACUGCCCAUAGGUAUUUUCUUUUGUACGUUAAGUUUUAAUCGCUUUUGGGCUAGGAAUUGGAGCUGUCCUAGAAUAGUUGUAUCACCUAGGGAGAUCAUCAACAACAGUGGCACGCCUAUGAUAUCUGGCAACUAUUUUAAAUUCCGCCUUUCCCCGUGGUUUCCAGUUCUAGCAUCCCAACCGUGGGCGAACGGGGGACGACUUUGGAUGUAUAUUAGACUUGUUUUUUCUUUUCAUUUAUUUUUUUUCGAUAGAAUUAUUUUCUAGACCAAAUAAAGAAGGAAGAAUGUGGAAAACCAUUUA